GAUCUCCUUUUGUUCAGCCACUAUAAAACCACAGACCAGACUGCGGCAGAAAGAAAAAAAAAAGUACCUGUGUACACAUCUCACAUGACUAUCCUUGGAAGCUUACCAUUGUUUGGAUCCCUCUUCUCGUCUACGUCCAAACCUGACCGUAUUCGCAAGAGCAUCGCGCCCAUCUCCACGGUUCUCAAGCGACAACAACCCUUUUCCACUUCCUCUAUCCGCGCUUACCCUCAUCCUCAUCCGCAAGUCAAAGGAGCUGAUGCGUACCACCACCAUACAGGGUCGUCCCACACUGAACCUAUUACCGAGAGCUCGAUUAUGAGUAAUUUCCCUCGUCCCAAUCUCAUGCCAACGUUACACUUUUCCUUGUUCGGACUUCAGUCCCCACCCAACUCUGACGAUACUUUCAAAACCAAAAAAUGCUCCAAUUGCGCAGGUCCUCAUUCAACCGAUUUCUGUCCCUGCUAGACCAUACCAGUUGCUUAUUGUUGUUUCUUUUUUUUUUACUUCUCUGUAUCAUAUUGCGUGUUCUUGUUUAUUACCUUGAUUUACUUUUUUUUAUUUUCUUUGUGUUUCCAUAUACAAUCUUUAAAUAUUUGGAUUUCAAACCACAGUAUCUCUUUACAUGCUUCUUUUCUCUGGUGUCCUGAUGAGUGCAGCAGUUCUUUGAUUCAGUUGCAAUUACUCUGUACGAUAUGACAGACAGAUCAAGCAAAUGCCCCAUGCAAACAGGAUCUUGACAUUUACAAGAUUAUAAAAGUCGUCAACCCAAAACGGCAAUGCUCUGCAAUGCAUCAGCUAGACAAAAGAACAUCAUAUUGUUACACAAGGAUUUGAAAAUUUUUAUUUCAGAAUGACAUUUUUCCAAAU